AUGUCCAAAACUCCAGUUCCCGAUGAAUACGAUGACACACGUAUCUUGGCAUACGAACCAUUGAUUCCACCUGCAUUGUUGCAACACGAGAUCAGAGCUACGAAAAAGUCGUUGGAGUCGGUCAUCAAAGGAAGAAUCGAAUCCGCAGCCAUCUUGAAAGGACAGGAUGACAGAGCCUUAGUUAUUGUCGGACCAUGUUCCAUCCAUGACCCCACGUCUGCUAUAGAGUACGCCGGAAGAUUAAAGAAAUUAGCUGAUGAGUUGGAAGAUGAUCUUUUGAUCAUCAUGAGAGCUUACUUGGAGAAGCCAAGAACCACCGUGGGAUGGAAAGGAUUGAUCAACGAUCCUAAUGUCGACAACACUUUCCAAAUCAAUAAGGGAUUGCGUAUUUCUCGUCAACUCUACUUGGACUUGACCGAGAGCGGUUUGCCUAUUGGUUCUGAAAUGUUGGACACCACUUCUCCUCAAUACUUUUCUGACAUGUUGAGUUUCGGCGCUAUUGGUGCCAGAACCACCGAGUCUCAGUUGCAUCGUGAAUUGGCUUCUGGUUUGUCGUUCCCAAUCGGGUUCAAGAACGGAACCGAUGGUAACAUCGGAGUAGCAUUGGACGCUGCGCAAGCCGCUUCCAAGGGCCACCACUUCAUGGGUGUCACAAAGAAUGGUAAUGCUGCCAUUACUACCACUAAAGGUAACGACAACUGUUUCAUCAUCUUGAGAGGUGGAAAGAAGGUUACCAAUUACGACGCUGAAUCAGUGGCUGCCGCUAAAGAGGCUAUCGCCAAGAGCACUGAUCCUUCGCUCAAACUUAUGGUUGACUGUUCUCACGACAACUCCCAGAAGGACUACAGAAACCAGCCAAAGGUUUUGCAGUCUGUGGUUGAUCAGAUUUCCAAGGGUGAAGACAAACUCAUUGGUGUCAUGAUUGAGUCCAACAUCAAUGAAGGUAAGCAAGGUAUGCCACCAGCUGGUCAAGACAAGAGUGCCUUGAAGUACGGAGUCUCAAUUACUGACGGCUGUGUUUCAUGGGAACAAACGGUGGACAUGUUGAAAUCGUUGAGUAAAGCAGUUCAAGCAAGAAGAGCUUUGAAAAAGUCCACCUAG